AUGGUAUCCAAAGCGGUUUACUCGCGUCGUGAUCCCAUGCUGAAAAAGCGUGAUGACUUCGAAGACAUCCUGGAGGAGCGACGGCACUCCAGCGACCUCCGAUACGCCGUCAAGUGUUACACGCCUGUCCUCUACAAAGCCUUGACCCCGUGCAGCCCGGACACGCUCAAGAGCGCCGCGCUUCAUUCUGAUCCCCUUCGCUUCGUUAUCCAUCAGGUGUCCAUGGAGACUGGAAAAGAGCUGGAUGACGUCCAGGCAGAGGCAGCAGCCAUUUUGGACGAGAUGGCUCACCGCAUGCAACUUAGCACGAUUCGCUUUUUUGCCUUCACCCUCAGCAAGGUGUUUAAGACGUUAUUCCGGAGUAUCUGCGUGAACGAAGAAGGCAUCCAAAGACUUCAACAGGCUAUUCAAGAACAUCCGGUUGUACUCCUACCGAGCCACCGCAGCUACAUGGACUUCCUGCUAAUGUCCUACAUUUUGUACACCUAUGACCUCGCCUUGCCAGUCAUCGCCGCCGGAAUGGAUUUCAUGGGGAUGAAAUUCGUCGGCGAAAUGUUGCGAAUGUCCGGCGCCUUCUUCAUCCGACGCUCGUUCGGCGGCGACAAGUUGUACUGGGCUGUUUUUUCUGAGUACGUGAAGAUUAUUGUGAAGAACGGCUACGCUCCGGUUGAGUUUUUCUUGGAGGGGACGAGAAGUCGGACUGCGAAAUCUUUAACGCCAAAGUUAGGUCUGCUAAACAUCGUGAUGGAGCCGUUCCUGAAGGGCGAAGUGUUUGACGUCCGCCUGGUACCGGUUAGCAUCAGUUACGAGAGAAUCCUGGAGGAGGCGCUCUAUGCUCGAGAACUUCUCGGCGUUCCCAAACCUAAAGAGUCUACGUCGGGUCUUUUUAAAGCUAGGAAGAUCUUGCGGGAGGACUACGGUAGCAUCCACGUUUACUUUGGUCAGCCUGUGUCUGUCAGGAGUUUAGCUGAAGGUCACGUGGACCGUCGUCAAUUCAACCUGACACCCAGGCACAUACCAGCAAAACCAAAUGAAGAAAUAGUACAGUUUGUGAAAGGCGCCGCCUACAGACUAGUGAGAGCACAGGAGGAGAACUCUGUGCUGAAGCCGUGGGUUCUUCUGGCGACGCUGAUUCUGCAGAAUCAGGACACGGCCAUGACGUUGGACGAGUUAACCGAACGAACCGUGUGGUUGCGAGAUCUUUCGCGGCAGUAUGGAGCGUUUCUCCAUUGGCCUGAUCACCUACGUCCUUCAGAAGUGGUGACUUCCAGCCUCGCCCUGCAUGGUGGUUUGGUGACGGUCUCUGAGGGGAGAGUUCACCUAGAGCAAGGAGCAGCGGGUGUAGCUAGCUCGCCGGAGGAGGAGCUCUUGAGCCGGGCGGUGUCGGUGCUCUCUUGCGCCUCCUACCGGAAUCAGGCUCUGCAUGUCUUCUUGCGACCGGCGCUGCUCGCGUUGGCUGUACGCACCGUCUCCUCCGGGCGAAAACAGGAAAUUUUUGACCACUUCAACUUCCUUCGAGACGUCUUCUCCAACGAGUUCAUCCUAACUCCGGGAGCCAGCGUGCAGGAUUUCGAGGAAGCGUGUUACCUCCUCGAGAAAACCGGCGCCCUGCAGAUCACUCAACUUGACUUAUCCGCUACGGAAAUCGGGCAUAGGACUCUAGACUUCCUCACGGGGGUGCUAGAGCCCUUCUUACAAGGAUAUCAGAUUAUUUGUCACUUUUUUGGGGAAAAAACGACGGAAUCGUUGACGCAAAAGUUGUUCGUCCCCACGGUUCGCCAGUUUGUCGUCAAACAUAUCCUAGCAGGGAGGCUCACACAUUUGGAAGUCUUGUCUUCAGACCUGCACAAAAACGCUUUGGCGGCAUUGAUCAGAUUGGGUGCCGUGCGCAGAAUACAGGGGGAUAUUCUGAGUGUCGACAAGGUGACGCUAAGACCAUUACAAGACAUUUUGGUCAGCUUUGACGGCCACACCAACAAUGUUGGCUACUCUGCCAGCCUUGAGCUACCCGAGGGCACCUGCUCCUACACCAACCCCUAUGGUGAUGGCAAAAUGCAGAUCGUCUACUUCGUCUACUUUGACCCACCCAAGAGGAUGAGGACGGCCCAAUUCCCAAGCCUGAAGGUGCUGGCCAGGUGGGAGAACUACAAGUCUGUCAAGGCCAGCGACAAGUUGAUUCAGAAGGUGCUGACGCGCUCUUCGAUCGAGUAG